GAGGCAAGAUGCCUUCUCAGGAAAGGAAACCCAUGCUCUGCAUCACACACAGCCGGAUGGAUUUAAGAGCAAAGCCCCCAGUUGCCUGGAAUCAGGAAAGAAAAUCCUUUAUAUCUCAAAUUUACUUCAUCAUUAACCACUCCUGCUGGGGGGGACCGCAUGGCCUUGGAAGAAGAGAAAAGCUUUAUGGAAUUAAUGCUUGGAAACCAUGCAGAAAUAUUCAGUAUAAUAAUGCCGCAGAGAAUGAGUCAAGCUUCCCAAAGGAUGCUCUGCUGGCACAAAACACGAAAAUGAGUUCAUCUAUAGUCAUUUCACAGAUGAUUCAUGAGAAUAAAUCAAAAGAAAAUAAGGCUGCUUUCCCUAUGCAGUCUGUAAUCACCCCGUCAGAUGCUUAUCACAUGAACCAAUCUUUGGCUAAUCAUAGCUCAGUCAAUGUUAAUAGAGCAUUCAUAUUGCUCCCCAGAAGAUUAGGAGUGCAGAUGUCCUCAGAUGACAAUAUAUUUGGAGCAGACUCUGAAGCCAAAGAGAAGAAACAAUGUCAUAACCAGAAGAAAGGCUUCACUUCUAUCACGAUCACGGCUAGACGUGUUGUUCCACCUUUUGACCAGACAACGCAGACGGAUGCUUCUGACUCUUCUCGUUUGCGAUGCCAGGGAGGUAAGCUGCUAAUGAGCACUGCUACAGGUUCAAAUGUGUCUGGGCUCGAUCAGGUCUCCGGAUCUUUGCACGAUCAAGGAUCUCAAAGCCGAAAUGCCGCUAAAAUGAAGUCUUCUGAAUCGUGUUCGCAUCUGUCCAAGGGGUCUUCUGAUUGGCUUUCUAGCGCUGAAAACAAAGAGAACAGAAUGAUCUUCCCAGAAAACAUCCCGAACGAAAAGGCACCCUCGUCUUUUGUUUCGAGUGUUCACCUUAGUAUUCCCCAGCAGAGUCCAAAUGUAAUAUAUUACAUAGACAAAUCACGCUCAGUGCGUAUCAUCCAAACUCAGAGUAACAACCAAAAAAUUCAUAGGUCAGUAGUGUCUUUCAAUAUAAAUUGUAGUUCUCCCGGUUUAACGCCAGAUGGAGUGGAUGGUUUAGCUAAUGGAGAACUAAUCACAGGAGUACUUAAGACAAAGCUCCCAGAGGAUAGCAAGACUCCGCUCAGAGCAAUUUGGAAUGCGGAUUCGAAGGAGAUCUAUUUGGAUAGAAAACAGACCUUGGAAAUAGAAUCUUUGAGGACUGACUCUCUCUGGACAUGUUCCUCUGAAACUCCGCCAGUUGUGGAUAGCCCUCAAGGACUUUGUAAUUUAAAGCUAACAAAAAGUAAUGACAAAAAUCCAAGUGACAGUGACAUUACAUUGUCUCCCCUCAUCCCUCACUGGACUUAUGAUGAAGACUCACAAGCAUUCUCAAGAAGCAACAGAAAACCGUGCAAGGGAGACAAAUACCAUGCAGCACCUGCCUCCUUUCUGGACCAAUCGUCCAAGCGCGAGCUCAAAGUAGAAGGUGGGAGUUCUUUGAAAGACCGAUAUCCAUCCAAAGGCACUUUGAAGUCCAAAGAGAUUCAGGCCCAAAGCUUUCUAAAACCAAAAAAAUCUGUUUCUGAUUGUGGGUGCCGUGGAAAGGCUUUCUCAAAAACAGCACAGGAUGAAAAGGAUAUCUACAGGAAUGAUCAUUUCCCGAAAGGUGAUCACAAAUUCUGUGAUGCUGCUGACAAACUGAAAGAAUAUAAUACAAGGGAGAAGAAUGAGAUGGUCAGGGGGGUAACGACCUCCACAGUUCAUGUACCAGAUGUUAAUCAUGAGAAACAUGAAGCCUUCCAGCAACCAGGGGUCUGCUCUGAGCCUGAGAACAUUCCUUCAAACCCACUGUCUCUCAGGGAGGCUCUGGAAGUUCACAAGCCUCAUUUUAUUUCUCGCUCACAAGAACGGCUGAAGAAACUUGAACACAUGGUGCAGCUGAGGAAAGCCCAGCAGGGAGAUGCUUCAGGGAAGAAACAAGGAGCUGCUCUUUCUCGCAAACUUUCCUCAUCUUCGAUGACAAGCAAGAAGAAGCAAUGUACGGUUCCUCAUCCUCUCAGUGAUAACCUAUUUAAGCCGAAAGAAAGGUUCAUAUCAGAGAAAGAGAUGCAUAUGCGAUCAAAAAGGAUUUAUAAUAACUUGCCUGAAGUGAAGAAGAAACAAGAAGAGAAACAGAAACGGGUCAUCUUACAAAGCAACAGGCUGCGCGUUGAAGUCUACAAGAAGCAAUUACUGGACCAGCUUCUUCAAAGAAACACAGAAUGACUAAAGAUUUCUUGGCAUGUCGUGCUUAUUGAACUUUAAAUGCCUUUGAUAAUUAAAAAGCCAUACAAAUGUAUCA